AUGACGGAUCAGCGCCAGCUUCAUGUGUUGAAGUUUCCUUGGCUUGCCCAUGGCCACAUAACACCUUUCCUAGAGCUGGCCAAGAGCCUCACCAGUUAUGGCCUUAAAAUUUCAUUCCUCUCCACUCAGCUUGAUAUAGAAAGGAUUAAACAGAAACUACAGCCCUCGCUGGGAAUUCGACAAGUACAGUUACCGAUUCCAUCCGUGGAUGGUCUGCCCACAGGCGUUAAGUCAACCUCAGAUUUGUCCAGGAUUGGAGCUUUAAACCUAAUGCCGCUACCUUGUAAAGCUCUCGAUCUCUGCGUGAAGCCUUUCGAAGAGCUGCUGAAAUUGCUUUCCCCUGAUUUUGUGAUACCUGACAUGGUGCAGUACUGGGCUCCUCGGGUUGCCGCCAAACUGGGAAUUCCCACUGUACAUUUUGAGCCAUCCUUCCACUGGAGCCUCUCUGACACAUUGUGCGUGGACUUCUAUUACAGAAGGUUUAAGGUUUGGAGCUCCGUACGUUGCUCUUCCAGUGCAGUAUGA